GAAGAGAAGGACAGGAAGCCCAGGCGAGAUUUAUGUCGGCAGUGAAAAUAAAAAAUCAUCUCACAGCUGAGAUCUCGCAUCUUUCCCUUUAAAGGAGCGCAGAGAUGAGUCGCUGGGGAACAGAGAUUGUGUGUGCUCGUCGGGCUUUUCUUUUUUCGGUUUCACAAUUGUGUCUAGUUUGAUUUGAUUAGAUCAUGAAGGAACAGCUUUUCCGUUGAUCGGCUUGGCCGGGUGAUCGCAGCUGGACGCCAAAGCCAAGGAGGAGGUUCUUUUGUUUUUUUUUUAUUAUUCGGGGCUGAAGCUCUGAAUAUAGUCGCGCAUAUGGAGCAGAAAUCCGAAAUUGCUCAAUUUCAAGGACGCGUGUUUUUUCCUCGGCGAAAUAUUUGUGUUGACAAAUUGGAUAACAACCCUUAAAGAUCGUCACUGUGGCGUGUUGGCAGUUAACACACGAGCUACAAAGGACACACCACAUGGCAUAUGAUGCGAUUAAUAAGUAGACGCUGGUUUGGGUUAUUUUUGCGACGCAUGGCGCAGGUUUUCAGCAGGGAUGUGAUCUGACAGAGAUCUCUGGUUUCACGCUCCGCCACAUCCUCACCAAGUCGCUCAUGAUGCCCAGGGCUUUGCGGAGACUGGUUCAUCUGGUGCUCUUCUGCCCUCUGUCUAAAGGUCUGCAGAGUCGACUUCCAGCCAUCAAGGUGAAGUACCUUCUCCUGGCAUGGCUGGGCAUCCUCAUUGCCAGCUGGGUCAUCUACAUGCAGUACGCCUCUUACUCUGAACUGUGCCGCGGGCACGUCUGCCAUAUGGUCAUUUGUGAUCACUACAGAAGAGGCAUAAUAUCAGGCUCGUCCUGCAAGGCUCUGUGUGAUCAGAGAACUCUGACUCUACAGCGCUGUAUGUCCACUUCCUCCACUUAUCAGGUGUACAGUGGACUGUGGAAGGAGAGGCCUGUUGUAAUAAAAUGUGGCCUUGAGGAUCCAGUGAAGAUUGAAGGCGCUCCUGAUUCUGUACUGAGGCAGGAGAUGACUUUAUUCGACAAACCCACUCGUGGAACCUCCAUGGACGAAUUCAAAGAGAUGCUGCAUAGUUUUCUUAAGGCUAACCUUGGUGAGCAGCCGUCUUUGAGCACCUUGGUGGACAGGGUCAUCAUCAUGGCUGAUGUCAACCAGGAUGGCAAAGUGUCUCUGGCAGAGGCCAAGUCCAUCUGGGCUCUUCUCCAGAUAAAUGAGUUCCUCCUGAUGGUGGCGCUGCAGGAAAAGGAGCACACGGCCAAGCUGCUGGGCUUCUGUGGAGACUUGUAUGUGACCGAGCGUGUGGGCCACAGCUCCCUCUACAGGCUGGAGGUUCCUCAUUACCUGCAGGCUGUGGUUCCUGAGGCCUUGAGCUCCAGCCUGAACCACUGGCUGGCACCGUCCUGGCCCCGCAGGGCGCGCAUCACCAUCGGCCUGCUGGAGUUUGUGGAAGAGGUCUUCCACGGCUCCUACGGGAGUUUCCUCAUAUGUGACGCCAGCCAUCGUCACGUGGGCUACAACGCAAAGUAUGACUGCAAGAUGGCCAACCUGCGCAGUGUUGCCUCUGAGGCAGUCGUUAGGGGAUAUCUGCGGGGGCGGCGGUGUGAGACGAACGCAGACUGUACUUAUGGCCAGGACUGUACGGCCACCUGUGACCGACUCGUGAAGCAGUGUAACACCGAGGUCGUGCAGCCCAAUCUUGCAAAGGUGUGUGUGCUUUUGCAGGAUUAUCUGCUGUUUGGAGCCCCCUCAGACCUCCGUGGAGAUCUAGAGAAGCAGCUACGCACCUGUGUGACACUCAGCGGUCUGGCAAGCCAGAUGGAGGUGCAUCACUCACUAGUCCUUAACAACCUAAAGACAUUACUGUGGAAGAAAAUUUCAAACACUCAGUACUCUUGAAAAAAAACAUGCUUUAUUGGAGAACGGUGUCUAUAAAUUUAUUUUUUCGUGUUAUAUUGACUGUGAAUAACAGGAAACUGUGAAACACUUAAAAUACGAUAUGAAGCAAGCAGCAGAUGAUGCAGACUCUCUCAUAAAGCCUCGUACAAGGCCCAUUAUGCUCUUGUUUUCAUGCAUUAUUUGAGAAGCACAUUCAUCUGUUGAGACAUACUAUUCUCAGGGCAUUGCCUAUGACUUUACUUGUAAAAUAAAAUGUGAACUUAA